CCACUACUGCGCAGACUCUGGCUAUAAGCACUAGACAACCGGAGACAUCAGCGCCCGUGUCCGGGAUAUUUUGGAUUCAAUUUUGUACAGUGGAAGAAAGUGGAGACGCGUCGUCCAUCUUUAUAGGCCUACAGUCUAUGGUAUCUAACAUUAGCCUAUAGGUUGCCCGAUCAUUUCAUUCCACUGUUUCCGGGCUCCCAGCAUAGUAUUCUCAUAGGCUAGUAUUCCCUCUCUCAGUAGCCUACUGAACAUGGCUGGAAUAUACGUGAGCAACAGCGCAGCUGAGCGUAUUGGAUACAUCACGCGGGCCCAGAGCUUCAGUGCCUGUCACCGACUCCACAGCAUUCACUUAAGUGAUGAGGAGAAUAAACGAGUUUAUGGAAAAUGCAACAACCCCAAUGGUCAUGGACACAACUACAAAGUGGAGGUAACAGUGCGUGGAAAGAUUGAUUCGCUCACUGGCAUGGUCAUGAACUUGACAGACUUGAAGAGGUGCAUCGAGGAAGUCAUCAUGAUUCCACUGGACCAUAAAAACCUGGAUGAGGACGUCCCAUACUUUGCCAAUGUUGUCAGCACAACUGAGAACGUGGCUGUUUACAUCUGGGACAACAUGGUGAAGGUGCUCCCAUCCAACCUGCUCUACGAGAUUAAGAUUCAUGAGACCGAUAACAAUGUUGUCAUAUAUCGAGGAGAUUAGAGUGAUAAAAUGUGAUGUUUGAUCAGGCAACCCUUGACAUGUACAAGUGCCAUUCAUUGCAUUAUUAUUUAGCUAACUUCACUGAUGACUGCAGGCUUUGGUUAGUUGGACACUAAUACAGAUUUAUGAAGGUUGAUAGAUGGUAGGCUAUAUAUGAUUGUUUUGAUGAUUGUUUGUUACACUUGCCCUUUAUAGACAAAAGAUUUUGUAGCACAUCUAAAAGUUCAGUAUUCUUGUUGAAAUUCUAUUAUUGUCAGGGGGGGAAACAUUAUUGAGACCAAACUUGCUUAGCUUAUUUAUCCUUAAAACAUUGUCUACUUGUGAACCCUGAUUGCAGUGUGUAUUUUUCUACAAGUUGUAACCAGGUCAACCAAAGAGCAUGUUUUAGUUUUUAGUUUUUUUUAUAGAGUGAUUUUUAAAGGCCUGAAGAAAUUAGAUAAACAUUUAAACAAAUGUGUAAAAAUGUACAUUUGUUUUGUAGCACAACUCUGCUUCAUUUCAUUACACCUUGAGGAAACCUUGAUUUAGACAUUCACAUAAACUAAAUAAAGCUAAUUAAUCAUUCUAAA